AUGGAGAGCAUGGAUGAGGAUGGGAUGGGGAUAGGAUGAGGAGCAGCUCAGUUGUGCUUCCUUGGGGGAAGUUUUGGCAAAGAUCCCGGAGCUCUUCCCAGAAUGGGAGGUGCUUCUGACAAGCAGCCAGCUGCCUCACCAGCACUGCCAGCAUUCCAGUGCCACCAGCCUCCCCUGCUGCUGGAUGGACCAUGACCCCUCAGGGAAGUGAAAUGAGUAAUGGUAGGAGCCUGUCGGGAGAGGGAAGGCAGUCGGAGAAUGGGACAUUCUGCAGGGAAGAAGUGUUUCUAACCAGGAGGAAAGGAGGAGCCAUUUGCAAAAUUGUUCAUGUGGAGCUUCUGACAAAAGCCACUUCCUCUGUAGCAAAAAAACCCCAAGACAAAUAACUCCGAGGAACUGGAGCUCUGACGUAGCCAAAGUCACAAUAUCUGACUCCCCCGUGACUCCACCCAGCCUGGGAGAAAAACACGAGGACAGGGCACAGAGAGGAGCUGGUGGGACAGCAUGGGCACCUCCUGGUGAUCUGGGCACUUUCUCCUUCGUGUUCCUGAGCUGGGAGGAGCCGCUUUAGGAUGUGGAUCCCAAAGGAGCAAGGGGUGCCAGGAAGCGCCGCUGAUGGGGACAGAGCCCCUGUGCCUGCUGCUGCCCCACACUGAACAGGGAGCUGCUGAGGAGCCGCUUGGUCCAUCCCUGGAUUCUCCAAGCACUGACUGCCCAUCCACUCUGACCACAGCCGAGGCCACAUCCCAGCGCCUGCCCAGCGUCCAUCCAUGGAGGUGUACGUGAGCUUCCUUUUCCAGCUCUCCAUGGUCUCCUACUACUGGGGGCUGUUCCGGCUGACACGCAUCACCGUCAUAUGGGACGUGAACAAGCUCUGCCGGCUCGGCUGCCGCUGCAACUUUCCCCAGCGCCUGCUGUGGGCACUUGACAGUGUCCAAUUCUGGGCCUUCUUCGCUCUCUUCACUGUCAUUCCCACAGUGACAUACCUGUGCCCAUCACAAGAGCAGGAGCACUGCCGGGUGGUUCUCAUCUCCAUGUUUGCCGUCAUCCUGCUCAUCUUUGCUGCCCCCGUGGUCAUCACCCGCACAAUCGACAUCGUUAAAGCCAAGUGUGGCUCCCGGCAGCAGCAACCCAAGAGGCGCGACAUCGUUAUCUUCCUCAUUGUGCUCUUCACUCUCUUCCUCAGCCUCUGGAAUUUCCUGCAGCAGCUCGGUUACAUCGCUGUGUCCUCCCAGGUUGUUUUUCUGCUCGCCUGCAUCCACAGCACCAUCAAACCCUUCAUCUACUUCCUGGCAGGGAGGUGCUGGAGCUCCUGCUCCGUGGGGUCCCUCCGGCUCUUGCUCCAGAGGGUCUUUGAGGAGCAGAAAGACAAAAUUGCUGGCAGCAAGGAUACCAACAGGAACACGGGGGUCUGAGCCUGUUGAUCCCUUCCCCUGCGCUGCUGAAGAACCCCAGGGCAGUGACUGAGGGAUUCCUUGAGCCAACUGAUCAAUAAAUAUCCACGAGAUCACCCUCCCUGGUGUGGUUUAUUCCUGCAGGAGAAGGGAGCAGGGGCAGUGCCACGGGCAAUGUGGGAGGGAUGCUCUGCAGGGAGCACACAGGAGCAUGGAUUUCCUCCUCCCUCCCGGCUCCACGUGGCUCCAAGCAGUGCAGCCGGGCUCAGUCCUGUUCCCUGGCUCUAUUCCCCAUGGAAUGACCCUCAUUGCCUGGGCCUCCGUGUUAUAAAGGUAUAGUCAUGUUGGCUUUUUGCAUGUUACUUAAUGUUGGAGAAACUUUGCCUAGGUUCUAUGAUGUAAUGCAUGGUAUAGAAUGUCUACUGUUUAUGUAGUCAGUUUGGAGAAGGUGGGCAGAGAAAGAGAAUCUUCACAUUCCUGGAGUAUCUUAUCAGAGAAGAAGAACACCCGAAACCAGAGAGAAGAAUUGAUGGAGGGAGCAGAGACAGAAUGGAGCCAAGGAGGAAGAUAAGGCUGAUAGGAUGAUACUUAGAAACUCCAAAGAAUUCAUGAAUUAUGCAUGCUGGUGAUGAAUAUGCAAUAAGCGAUGCACUUUUGAAGACGAUCUUUUGGAUGCAGAGGUGUGCCUUUGGCUCUGCCAAAGCACCUGGCCAUAAUACCCUUUUUGCGGUUGUCUCCUAAUUGCCCUUUUAUUAAAUUUUUCUUAAGAUUUUACAAAGUGAACCUUGUUUAUCUCACCAGGGAAUAAACUCCUUCUCCUUUGGCUCAGCA